AUGGCGCUCGAUGCAAAAUCACCGACAGUUGCUACUUUAAACGAUGGCACUACAGACUAUGUCCCCAUGAGGAAAAAGUACACCUCCAACCAGCCGCACAUCACUGAGCAACCCAUCACUUGGGGCAACUGGUACAAGCAUGUCAACUGGUUGAACUGUUUCUUUAUUCUCUUCAUUCCCUUCCUAGGCUGCCUUGGAGCAUACUGGACACCUCUCCAUCUCUAUACGGGCAUCUUCGCCGUGGUAUACUACUUCAACGCAGGUCUUGGCAUCACGGCCGGAUACCACCGCUGCUGGGCCCACAGAUGCUACAAAGCAACUCUCCCAUUGAGGAUCUACCUAGCCGCCGCAGGAGCCGGUGCAGGACAAGGCUCGAUCCGAUGGUGGUCCCGCGGCCACCGUUCCCAUCACCGAUACACGGAUACAGAGAAGGACCCAUACUCCGUCCAAAAAGGAUUCUGGUAUUCGCAUAUUGGCUGGAUGGUUCUGAAGCAGAACCCGAAACGAAUCGGUCGCACGGACGUCACUGAUCUUGACGCCGAUCCCGUCGUCGUCUGGCAGCAUACCAACUAUAUCAAGUCAGCUCUGUUCAUGUGUCUCGUCUUUCCGACGUUGGUCUGCGGCCUAGGCUGGGGUGAUUGGCUUGGUGGAUUCGUGUACGCUGGAAUCCUCCGCGUUUUCUUCAUUCAACAAGCCACCUUUUGUGUGAAUUCCCUUGCCCAUUGGAUCGGCGAACAACCCUUCGAUGAUCGCAAUUCCCCAAGAGACCACGUCAUAACCGCCUUCGUAACCCUCGGCGAGGGUUACCAUAACUUCCACCACGAGUUUCCAUCCGACUACCGCAACGCGAUCGAAUGGUGGCAAUACGAUCCAACAAAAUGGUCCAUCUGGAUCUGGAAGCAGCUCGGUCUCGCCUACGAUCUCAAGCAAUUCCGCCAGAAUGAGAUCGAAAAAGGUCGCAUCCAGCAAUUGCAAAAGAAGCUCGAUCAAAAGCGCUCUACUCUCGACUGGGGUAUUCCCCUUGAUCAACUCCCCGUAAUGGACUGGGACGAGUUCGUGGCCGAAGCCAAGAACGGCAGGGCCCUUGUUACUAUCGGGGGCGUUAUUCAUGAUAUUACGAGUUUUAUCAAGGAGCAUCCUGGUGGCAAGGCGUUUAUUUCGUCGGCCGUUGGUAAAGACGCUACGGCUAUCUUUAAUGGUGGGGUCUAUAACCAUUCUAAUGCGGCUCAUAAUUUGCUUUCGACUAUGCGGGUUGCGGUUCUGCGGGGUGGGUGUGAGGUGGAGAUUUGGAAGCGUUCUCUGCCGGAAGGGAAGAUGCCGAUGCUGAUGGAUUCGACUGGUCGGCGGAUCGUGAGAGCUGGGGAUCAGGUUACUAGAAUGGUGCAACCGGUUCCUAUGGUUAGUGCUUGA